CUGAGAGCCAGUAGUUACUAAAUUGCAGCCAACAGAAAGCAGCUCUCUCUCUCCAGCUCUCUAUAUUAGCAGCUUGGAGGAUUCUGAUUGGAAGAACCUUGUUGGAUUACACUUUUUCUCAUUACACAGAACAGAAUCCAGUCCACAAUGGAUCUGUGUCAAGCUAUUCUCCUGCUGCACUUCAUUUGCCUGACCUUUUUGGGAUUAGUUGCGGGCAGAAUGGAAUUUAUCCCGGGAGACAGAAAAAAAUGGAGCUCUCUUGGGAUGAACAGGCUAAGAAGAGACCUGAAGGUGGCCGUCCAAUCAGCUCCGGCGACGGAUGUAGCCUCAGAAUCCUCAUUCGUCAAAAACGAGGACGUUAAGGGUCCCCUAAACUCCCAGCACAGCAGCAAUGAUGCCCACAUCCGUGUCAAGAGGUACAGACACACCUUCCACCACCUGCAGUCGGUGAGAGUGGGCUGCAGAUUUGGGACCUGCACGGUGCAGAACUUGGCACACCAGAUCUUCCAGUACACAGACAAAGACAAAGACAGCACAGCCCCGGUGAACAAGAUCAGCUCGCAGGGGUAUGGCCGGAGGAGAAGGUCUCUCCCUGACAAGAAGCUCCAGUUGACUGUUAUGGAUGGUCACAUCAAGCCACAUUGGGUGAGCACCAGCACAUCACGAAACCAGCCUGGUGGCCACCAACCAAAGUUCCUGGACGUUAUUUCCGCAGGAAAACCCAGCCAAGGCAGGGAAACCUGGAAAAAAGGCAAAAUGUUGCAAAUAUUGCUCAAGACUUAAAAGUAAAAAAAAUAAGAGAAGAAGAAAACAUCCAAGUGGAGAUGUAGCAACUUCUUCCGAAAGGUCUUCUGCUCAGAGGAGCUCAUGGAAUUCCUGCUGUGAAUCCCUGUCGAAGGGACAGGAAUGCUGUAAAAGUGUUAGAAAGAUGGGGGUCCAGGUGGACCGUAACCUGUGGACACGGCAACAAAGAGAACCAAGGUCUGCCGAUUGGAUUCUGCUGUUUUAUUUUGCACUUUUUUGGACUUUUGAAAGACGGCCAAGGGCCAUAGAGGGACGUAGAGUUGUAUAUUGGAUACAGACUUGGGUUGGGUGUUCCCUUGAGCUAAAUGAAAUGACACUCACCCGGUGGGACUGGCUGGAUGCUGAAACAUCGGGUUCACCUUGCCUUGGAUCUGCAGAGUCAUGCCUCCGGGCUUCUCAAGUUGAACUACCAACCUCAGUGCAGGGACCAGGAGGUCCCAAUAGCUCCACCUUGUGGUGGCCGGAGAUUUCUAGACAAUCCUGCUUUCUGGUUACCAGGGGGGGGAAUGUGUUUGUGCUAUUUGCUCCCCUUUCCCCUAUUCCCUUACUGCCCUCAGACUUGUUACAAAGACUCAUUAAUGGAUUACUCUUAAAGUGCCACCCGGGUGGACCUGGUUCCUCGGUGAUCACUGUCUGAUACUUGAACUUCAAACCUAAAGUGCAAUCACUGUCGUCUUAAAGAGACACACACACACAUAUAUAUCUAUAUAACUAUAUUUAAAUUCUACUGUUUAUGUUUUGUAUUGUAUUAACAAAGCCAAAUUUUUUUUUAUUUUUUUACGUGAUUUAUUGUAUACGGGCAUUGUGCGCUUUAUUUUAUAACCGGGUUGGUUGUGUGAGUGGGUUCGAAGGAUGGCGUCUACUUAUUUGUUGUCUUUUGUUUUACAUUCCGUUGUGUGAAAAUGACGUAUUGUUUAAUUGUAUCAGCUACUAUUUGAACGACAAUAAUAAUAAAAAAAAAAAAUCCAAUUUC